AAACAAACAGACCUCCUACAUAGCCAAGGUCAAGGUCAAAGCUGGGACCGUCCCCUGCUAGAUGAGACCCUCAUGGCUCAGCCAGACGUCUCAGGGGGCUUCAGAGGGACCUGAUGAACGUGGACGAAGGACUCACAUCAUCGAGGAGGGCUCUCCAACAGAGGGCAGUAUAAGGCAGAGAGCAUCUCCCAUCCCAUCAGGUCCUCGAGCAGUCUGCGCUGUCAGGAUCACGCCUCUGAAAACCAUGAAAGGUUCCCCUGACCUGAUUCCUGCCGCAGAUCUGGACCCCAGCAGAGUGUGCAAAGGGAAAGGAGUCGUGACUCUGAGGGCCACCCUCGUGCACAUAGAUGAUGAGGGCUGCAUCAGUGAGGAGCCAAACGUCAUCACAGCUCCAAGCGGCUGGACGAGUCAGAUUAAUGGAGACAGCUCUAAAGCAGGACUGGCUGAGGGAGGCAGCAGCCUCACAGCUGAUUUACCUCCUGUAAACAACACUCGGUGCCAGGCCAAUUCACCAGAAAGCAUAAAAGAGAACCGGGCUCCAUCCUUCACUGACAUUCAGAACUGUAUGUCAUCGCACCCCAGCUCUGUGUAUCCCUGCACGAGCACAGUCAACCCCACCAUAGUCCUGCUGCAGCACAACAGAGAGCAGCAAAAGCAUCUUUCUCAUUUGGAAGACCCAUUCCCAGAAAGGGACAAAAGCCCUGAUCCUGGCAGAGACUCAGUGAGUCCAGUCCCUGAUAUGGACGGGAAGAGGCUGCGACUCUCACUGCACUCCCCUGUCCUCAGUCCUCUCAACAAGCCCAUUGUGCCUGUACGGAACACUGAAAAGUCCAAAGACUGGUAUAAGACAAUGUUCAAACAGAUACACAGAAUACCUGAGCCUAUUGAGGAAAACCCUUACCGCCCCACCUACAUUUUCCCUGAGAACUUUGACAUUCACAUGAAAUCAAAAGAUGAUGGUCCCACCCCCUUUGGUUACUUGGAAGACGUGAGAGCUGUCCCACGCUCAAAAAGUGACGCCGAGGUCGAUUCAAGAGGCCGCUCGAUGCCGGUGCCAGCACGCUCCUCUUCCCUCAAACCCUCUGCCAAAAGGAACGAGUGGGAGCCCCCGGAUAAAAAGGUAGACACCAGGAAGUACCGCGCCGAGCCCAAGAGCAUCUUUGAAUACGAGCCGGGGAAAUCGUCGGUGCUGAAGCUGGAGAGAACGACUCAGGAUGUAAGUCCGGAAGAUGUAGAUUUAGAGAAUGAGCCUUGGUAUAAAUUCUUUUCAGAGAUGGAGUUUGACAAAGCGAGUGCCCCCUCUUUCAGCCCCCUGGAAACAGCCUCUGACCUGCAGCAGUACUCCUCGAGCAAGUCUGGACACAGCGAGGUGGAGAAGGACAGAGAAUCAUCCACGAGCGAGCCUGCGGCUCCAGAAUGCGACCGCCAUGUUUACAAGGCCGUCCUGGAGGGCGGCGACAUUCCCUUACAAGGUCUGCGGGCUCUAAACAAGCGCCAUGGCAGCUCUUCCUCCUCUAAAGUGGAUUAUAAAGGUGGGAAUGGCUAUAUAAUUUCACCCUGCUCCUCUGUAAAUAGUCGAUCGGUUCUUGCCAGUAAUGCAAUAGGUAACCAGUGUAAGAGUAAGAAGCCUCUUUCUGCUGCCAAAGCCUGCAUACCCCAAAUCCUGCCUUCCAAGUUCAAGCCCAAGCUGCUGCCACCCAGUGGUGACAGUCAGGAGAGCAGGACUAAAGCUGCCAGGCACCCAAAGGCCCACAGCUGUGAGGAUCUGUACACAGGGCCAUGUCACAUGGACUUUGGGGCAGAGGAAAGCGAGAGCGGGCAAUAUUCAGACUCUAAGUCCAGCUGUGGCAGCGAGUGUGCGGACGGCCUCAGGAAUGUUUCCCCUGCAAUUAGGAGGAGCGCGUCUGAGUUUUCCAGCCUGUACAGGAGCAUGCAUCACAUCCAGAGGCCCAGCUCAGCCGGCUGCAGCCCCCACGGCAGCGUCCGGAGCCUGGCCUCCCUUUUUGAGAGGGCAAAGGCCGGCGGGGGUGAAAGGUCAGAGGGGGAUGACGGAGGUAACAUUCCACGGGACGCGGUGUCGUCGCGGGUCAGCGAGUUUGAAAUGAUCAUCCAGCGGACCGGCUCGGCACCCAGCCGCUCCUCCUCCCUGCCCACCCUGCACUCCAGCCACAGCCAUAGCCCCGACCACACGCCCGCCCACCUCUACAUGGCGUCUGCGGUGUCAGCAGAGUCCCUGCUGGUGGCCGAUGCCACCCAGACAGAUGCCUGCUCCCCAGUGGAGGCAGAGGACAAGAGCUCUGGGGAGGAGGCCUUGUCACCGAGCAGUGUGACGGUGGAGGAGGCCGCUUCCUCCUCAGAGGACGGAUACAACAUCAGGACUGAGUCUCCCUCCAACACUGAGGCCGAGGUCGAGCAGAUCUUCAGUAAAAGUUCCCCGGAACUGAUCCACCAAAAUGUCAGUGCAUCAAAGAGUCCCGUAGCCCUGAUUACAGCAUCCCCCCCGCAGCACAACCAUCUCCACCACCACCACCACCACCUCCUGCACCACCUCAACCACCAGCUCCUCCUCAAACCCAGCAAAUGCAAAGGCUCCUGCCCAGCCUCCUACACGCGCUUCACCACCAUCCUCAGGCACGAGAGGCAGCAAGCCACGACCCAACAGGAGAAGCCCCCACCUCUAGAGAAGAAGACCACCCUGCCUGGAAACCUCUUCCUCAUGGGCCCCGCUCCCUUCAGGCCACGGAGGAACCUGCAGCCCCACCAGACUCGGAGAACCCUGUUAGCCACCAAGGUGACGAUGGGCACCCAGAGGCCCAGCAGCCUGUCCCCUGAGCUCAGACCUCUCAUCCCUCAGCGCCUGUCCUCCCUGGAGGUCUUGGAGAGGCUGGGUAACGGAGAAGGAGGCAACACUGACCACCUGAGUAACGGGCAGGGCUUGGACGCCAACGGGAACCUACUGCAGCCGCUGGCAGCUCACCGCAGAGACUCGUCCCCAGCUCACGGGGAGAGCCAGGAUGAAGUGUUGCGGAGGCGUCACGGAGACAAAGAGAAAAUCCUGGAGGAGCAGCGGCGGCUGAAGCGGGAACAGGAAGAAGCCGACACGGCGUCGAGGCGGCACACGGGCAUUGUCCCGACGCACCACCAGUUCAUCACCAAUGAACGCUUCGGAGACCUGCUCAACAUCACAGAUAACGCGGAGAAGAGGAAAUCAGGCGUGGAGAGAACUCCAGCCAUGGCUCGCUUUGACUUCAGAGCUGAAACUCUAAAAGAGUUGCCGUUUCAGAAGGGAGACAUCGUGUACAUCAUUCGACAGGUGGAUCAGAACUGGUAUGAAGGGGAACAUCAUGGACGAGUUGGUAUUUUCCCCCGAAGCUACGUUGAGCUCCUCCCCCCCACAGAGAAAGCCCAGCCAAAGAAAAGUGCCCCGGUACAGGUCCUGGAAUAUGGAGAGGCUGUCGCUCGGUUCAACUUCAACGGGGACACAGUGGUGGAGAUGUCCUUCAGAAAGGGGGAGAGGAUCACGCUAAUCCGUAGAGUUGAUGAGAACUGGUACGAAGGCAAAAUCGCAGGCACCAACCGCCAAGGCAUCUUCCCCGUCACCUACGUAGAAGUGCACAGAAGACCCCGCGUCAAGAACGGGGUGGACUAUCCCGACCCUCCUGUCAGCCAGUCGCCGCAGCGCAGCACCAAUGCUUCUCCACAGCUCUAUCGUAACCGCCUGACCACCUCCCCUCUACCCCUCCCUCGCUCCCCCCGCCGCUCCGUGUCCCCUGAGGUCCACGCUGUCUCCUCUGAGUGGAUCUCCCUGACUGUGGGAGGAGGGAGCCCUCCUGCCGCCCCCACCCCUCCCCUGCCGCCGCUGCCCACCGUGUCCUACCGCUGCGGCGAGUACCUGCCCCCGCCGUACUCCGCCAGCCCCGUGCCUCCCAUCACCGGCAGCCCAUACUGCGUCUCCCCCAUGGCCUCCCCAUCUGCCUCCCCUUUACCCCCGCCUUACCCUCCCAGACCCAACUCCACAACUCCCUUCCUCACGUUCACCCCACCUCAGGGAGAGGACUUCCUGCUCUCCCCUCCCUCCCCACGUCUCUCACGCAGCGUCAGCCCCUGCGGCGGGCCGGUGCUGGAGGGCUGGCUGAGGGGGGAGAAGGAUUUGACAGAGGGGGAAGGCACAGAGGGGGACAGGGGCCGCGCAGCCCCGGGCAGCAGGCGAAAUAGCCCUGCAGAGUUUCUGAGGAAUGAGGUCGACCAUCAUGGACGGAGCUCCAGAAGCCCUGUGAUGCUGUUUGACAUCCAGGAUAACAACAACGUAAACUCAUUUGCGCAACCCCAGUCCCACAGCAGCAGUCCGGAGCCAAGUCGUCUUAACUGUGGAAUUUUCCAGGCUUUGUACAGUUACGUGCCGCAGAACGACGACGAGCUGGAGCUGCAGGAGGGAGAUCUCGUCAGCGUCAUGGAGAAGUGCGAUGACGGCUGGUUUGUCGGUACCUCGAAGAGGACAAAACAGUUUGGGACUUUCCCGGGGAAUUACGUGAAGGAGGUGAAACUGUAAAGAUAUCUAAUGUGGCUGUAACACACGGUUGCCUGUCAAGCUUGGGAAGUCAUUACUAUCGCGCAUGGCUGUUGGUUAGAAUAGUCAUUUAGCCAGGCGAUUCCGUUUUGUCUGGGGAAAGUGAUCGGUUCGGCCUGAGGUAUGUCAAACUGCACGAGGCGAGGACGGAGACGGCUCACUGCCCAAACCCUCAGCAUGGUGUACACCUUCAUCACACUUCACACGCUUCCUGACAAGAAUACGUCCAUCUCCACAUGUGGAAUUUCUCUGUGAAAACCGACCACAAACUAGCUUUUAUUGUACAGAUAAUAGCUUCCAUUUUGUCCACGUGAUUUUACAGUACACAAGUGUUUAUGUAGCAGGCUGGCAGCAGAGCAGUGUUUAUGGAUCAAGGAGAGGAUCUUUUUGCCUGAACUGGACUUUGGAGGAGUCAGAAUGUAUUUUUUGUGUGUGUGAUGUGGAGUUUGGAGCUAUUUGUCAUGAGCUACCUUUCAGGAUCAGAGGGGUUUAACAUGAUUGGCUAAGUAUGAUGCAAAUCGAAAAAAAAUCACUUCCUUUUUAUUUAAGUUUCAAAAGAAAACUUUCAGUGUUCAGAUCAAGUUUAAAUGUUGCUGUACUCUGGUCCCACAGACAGUUUUCCCCCGGUUUAGAUCCAAGAAUAUGACGUUGAUUCAGUGUCCCUUGGAGGUGAAGUUGUUUACGCCUUAUAUACAAAGACACUUUAGAAUCUGUUUUGCUUUCUUUCACAUUUUCAAUCAGUGUUGGCUGCCUGUCAAGAACAUUGCAGCAUUCACAACUCAGUGUAACCCAAAAGCUUUCGAUACCGGUUAAGUAUUGCCUUCAUUUUCUAUCCAAAGGUUGUUAUAAAAAAGUUAUUACAGUCAUGUGUUUGACUAGAAACACUAAAAUGUUGAAGUGUGCUGUUAGUUUCUCCUUUUCUCAGUUACCACAUCAAACAGAAACGCAGAGCACGUGAUCGACUGCGCUGAUCGUCUCAGAACAGUGACGAUAAACUGUGUGUAUCCAAAUAGAAACUAUUUAUCUGUCCUGUUAUACCCCCUCUGCUGAGGUAAAAGUCGACUGUGUUUGCUGAUGCCUGUAAGGUAGCUGGUGGUAGACGCCUGGCUCCAGCUCAACUACAGGACAGGCGUGGUAGCACUUAACUUCCUGUUUGGUUAUUUUAGGGAGAUCCCACCUAACAAGAUAAGAGAAGAUUAAUCAGUGAUGACACAAAAAGCUAUUUAAUGUUUUAAAUGAAAGCCAACAAGGUUUUCUUAGAGAAUAAUCGUACUGAUUUUUAAAGGCAUAUUGAGAUUUUAACCAUGCCCUUACUGGCAAGAUUGUAUGUUUUAGUCAUGUAAAUGUGUACAGAAAACUUAAAGAGGCCUUCCAGACACGGCUACAUAUUUUCAUAUGUAAUGAGUACAACUUGGGUAACACAGUUGGUGGAAUGAUUCACAUAAUAGCAUAUAUAGGUCGGCAUUAGGACAGCAUGCACGGUAACAUCAAUAAGAGAUUGACAAAUCAAAUCGGAGCAUGAAAUACUAUCAGCGAACGCCUUUAUAUUUGCAUUUAGCUUAAAGAAAACAGAAGUGAUGACAGGGUUAACAGUCUGCUCCUUGAGCUUCAAUCGCUCCCUGAUGGUUUGAAUUCUGCUAUCAAAGCAUCAGAGCCAUCGUCCCGCGGAGCACAGAGCUCCCACAUCUCCAGCAACACACACUGUCAGAGUAUCUCCUCCACAUGCACAGAUGAAAGCUAUUGUUUUUCUUUUGUUUGCGUUCUCAUCAAAUUCCUUGAUGUCAUCAACCGCUGCAAUUUGUGCUCAUCAAUCCUUAGCAAUGCUGUCAGAUAGUACUUGCAAAUAAUUCUUACUGCUUGUUAUGACCUGCUCGGAGCAGCAGAUGGGUGUUGUUUGUAGGGCAAUGUGCUACUGAAGUAUUUUAAAGUCAGUCUAGUUGAUACCAGGAGGGGCUGAGCUAUCUGAGGCUCUGAGUAGCUGAAGCCAGAUCCACACAUUUCCAAUCAAAUGGUGCCAGACUAUCCUGGCUCUUUAUAAUCGCCUGAGUACACACAAUCUGAAACAUAAUGUGAAGUAUAGAGGUAUAAAGAGAGAUAAAACAGUAACACUCACUCACUAGAUCUCAAAGCGUAUGUUUACUAUAUCUUUGUAUUUUUUUUUUUGCAUCUGAAUGUGCAACAGUUGUGCAGUGAUGAUAAACGAUGACCUGGUUGGAACAUGGUUUGAAUGUUGUGUAUGUGGCCAACACACAUACAAGUGAUAUUUGAAGUUUAAUAAUAGAUGAAGUGCAUUAAUUUAACAACAUUCAGUAGCAAUCAGUGUUUCAUCCUCUCUGACGUUUGCUGUUCAGCAUCAGCAAACAUCAGAAUCAGGUGUUUGUUCCUGUGCACAUCACCACUGACAAUUCUGCCAUCAUCGGCGACAGAGUAUUGUCUCAGCAAGAUAAAACACAUAAUAUAAUACACUGCAUUGUGUGUUUGCUUGUAUAGCACUGAUAUAAUGUUCAGGUAUUUUGUUACACCACAAAAGCAUUUUUUUUCCCUCCACCGCUGGCUAAACAUUUUUUGUUCCUGUGUAACUCCAGCUCCUCAUGAAUGUGCUGAUUGGCUGGGAGUCUGUCGACCUGUAAGCUUGUUCAAAAAUCCCUGACAGAACAACAGCAGUGUCUGAAAAACACUAGACUGAACGGCGGACAAAUAAACAGUCACUGAUUUAGUCACAACACAACUCACUAUAGAUGGUUUCUGUGAUAUUGUGCUCCAUGAAACAUCACAGGAUGUAUGAAUGUAUGAAUAUAUGAAUGUGGCGCAGGCUGUGUACACAUGAUUUGUAAAAAAAAAAAAAAAAAAAAUGUCUGAAUGUCUUUUCAUCGUGAAUGAACACGCAGACUAACGAGCAGCGCAGCACAAGAAGGAGUGUAAAUAUGUAAAAUAAUAAAAACAAUAGACUGCAAGCGAUGGGAGCAUCAGACUGAGCUCUCAGUUACUUGCAGCAGUUUAUUUACCUGAAGGAUUUUUUUGGCAAAGCACAGAGUGGAGCGUUACUGAGCACAGGAAGUUUGAUGUAUAUGAACAUUACGCUGCCAUUUGUGAGGAUCAUAAUGCCUUAUGUUAGACGCAAAAUUAAAUUGUGCCUCAUUUUCAUUAAAUUUUUUUUUUUUGGAGUAUCACUGAAAUGUAUCCAUGACAUAUUUAAUGUAACCAUGGUUUUCCCAUUAGUCCCAGUCUCUGUGACGGGAGAAAUAUUUACUAAGAACUUGUCAGUUACUGUGCAAGUACCUAAAAGUGUGACACGAUGCUUCAUCUUAAUGAUUAAUAAUCAUGAGAAUGGACUAGUUUAAUGGGACGCACAACCCACAACAGGUUUGGUUUGUUUGCUUCAAUUUGCAGUGCUGUUACAUUGACAAUAUUAAAAAUAAAGAUACUAUACACUGCUGUGACUUCGGUAUUAUGCAAUAUUUAAUAAACCAUUUAAACCAUU